CUCACGUUAACGAAUUUUUUUGCCAACAAGCCGUGAUAAGCAUUAACAAUGUUAAACUCCCUCCUUUUGUCUAAGUUGUUGACUGUUGUUUGUCGAACAUUCGUCACUUAAGGUUCGAGCAAAUAUACUUGUCUAUUGUUUGAGCGUAGUCGCCGGCAACACGAAAACGAAAGCGCAAUCAAAUAACGUUAAAAAAACUGUGGUCUGUGAAACAAUCUGCUUGUUCUUAUUGAAUAGAGUGGACAGUGUUGUAGCUGUAGCUAGUACCACUACUAUAGCUGUUGUGACUACUGUAGUGACGACCGUAAAAGCGUGCUCUGGAAAGUUAAAUGUUUUAAUCGACCUCGAUUGUUAUUCUGUUGUCUUGACACUGACUCAUUAAGUUCCAUUAAAAGCGAGACUAUGGCUAUCAAUAACCCAUAUGUGGAUACUGUCUACAGACAAGUAGUUACUGAGCAUUUUCAAUCAAAUCAAUGGAAGGAAAUUUUGAUUAAUCCUGAAGGUGCUUCAACUACUCUGGGCAAUGAAAGUACACUACCUCAAUCAGGUGGAUACUGUUUUAAAGACAUUCCUAACCAUUUUAUAUUUUGGCGGGUCUUGUAUGAUAAACUUGAGUUAGUUGAACAUAGUUUGGACACUAAUCUUUCUGAAAACCAGGUGAGGAUACACUUUCGAGAUUCGCCUAUAUUGGAAUGUGGAAUCUCUGUAUACGAGACAUCGGAAUCUGUUGUUUUCUUAGUGCCAACAGGAUGUAGUUGUCAUCGAUUGACAUUUCCACGACCAAGUCAUGUGAAAAUUGAUGAUGAUAAUGAAAAUGAAAAAGUAUUAUUGGGUUUAUCAAUUUUUUCAAAUUUUAAUGUAUUAUCUAUUGACGAUCCAGCAACAUUUUUUUCCUAUAACGCAGUACUUAGUCAUCCAUAUUCAGCUGCUUCUUGUUUAGAUCAAAAACAUGAUGCUAUAUUUAUUAUAGCUUUAGAAAAAAACAUCAUGCUUUAUAUACGUAUGGAGUAUAUUUCUGGACUACCCACCUUCAAAGAAAUUUGUCAAGAAUCUGGAGUACCUCGAAUGCUUUCGAGUAUAAGCAAAGUUUUUUCUUCACAUACUGAGAAUCCUGUUAUUAAUAGUUUAGCUGUCCACCCAUUUCUACAAGACAUAUAUGUAUACUCUCUUGAUGAUACAUGUGAAUUAAAAGUUUGGUCAAUCGAUAAAACAGUUUAUAUUUAUAUAAUUGAUAUGAAAAAAAUGUAUGUAUCUUCAACAGAGAUGAACAGUUUAAGACCUCAUAUUCUUCAUAAAUCUUUCAAUGAUCAACUGUUUCUUACUAUUUACCUUAAUUUAUCAGAAAGUUCAAUAUUUGUGGUUCUUGAACCAUGCAUUGACCAUGGUAUGUUUAAACUUCAGCAAAAGUUUUAUGUACGCUCACCUGUGAACGAUAGACUAGUUGAUAUGUCAUUGUAUGGUAAUGAAAUUUGGUGUGUUUGGAGAACUGGAAAAGACACUGCUUGCAUUAAAUCUGUAAAUAUAAGGAAUGGUGUUUGGAAAGAUUGUUCUUUAGAUACUGCUGCUUUUGAACAACCUAUUGAAAUCUCUUUUAACUCAAAACAAGCUUAUUUGGAUAAGAUAUUUUCGUCUUCUACUUAUUUUACAGAGGAUGAUUUGAAAAAUGCUAUUGCCGUUUAUGAUACACCUAUUGGUUGUGAAUUUGUCACUGAUUACCGUACCAAGAUAAGUAAUGUAAUUGAUAUAAAAGUUGCUCAGGAAAUGCAUAAAUAUAACCCUUCAGAUAUUGAGUCACAAAUGCAACUUAUUGAACAGUGCAGUGCCAGUUUUUAUAAAAGCUGUUUAGAUUACCGUUGUAAGAGAUUGGCUCCUCUUGGCCUUUUAUGGUUGGGAUCACCAUCAUUUUUACUAGUUGUUGUAACAAAUUCAAGUUUUUGCUUUUUACGGCCAUCGGAUAAAGUUGAAAACAAGAUAUUUUCAUUUAAAAAUCCUAAUAAUGAUAAUAAAUUAAAUAAUUUACUCAAAAUACUGAUGUCAGAACCAAUAAAUAAAUUCAGUUUAUUUUUAGACAUAAAAGCUUUUCCUGACGAAUUUUUAGAAUUGAUUAGAGAUUCUUAUAAGUUUGAUAGUAGUGAUCCAAUCAUAUCAUUAUAUUUAAAUGGAUGUAAUGUUCUUGAUACUGUUCGUGUAUUAAUUAAAAUGCUACAUGCUGAUUUGAUGCCAGAUGAAAAUAUGCAAGAUAUUCAAAGUAUUCAAGAUAUUCAAAGUAUUCAAGAUAUGCAAAAUACACAAUAUUCAAGAUGUUUCAGGAGUAGAUUAGGUACCAGUGUUGUUUCUCAUAGUUUCUAUCAAAUAAUGAUUACACGUUUUGACUUAUGUUGUAGAUUGCUUACAUUCAUUGAGUUGAAUUCUAAAAAUUAUGGACAAAAUAAAAAGUAUGUUGAUGACGCUUGUAAUCUUGCUUAUAGUUAUUGGAUCCUGGCUUUAUUUGCAAAUAAUAUUAAGUUAUUUGAAAAAAUUGUCUCUACUAAUAUAUUAUUAGUCAGAGAACCGUUUAUGUGUUAUGUUGAUGGAUUGUUAAACUAUAUUUGGCCACUUAUUGAUGGUUCUACUCUCGUAGAAUUCUUAUUACAAGAGGGAAAAUACAGUUUUAUACAAAAAAUGGCUCAAUUACUAGACUAUAAGAAUUGGGAAGAAAAAUUAAUUACUUCAUAUAUGUUAAUUAAUGAUCCUGAUAAUGCACUUAAGUUACUUAAAAGUGAUUUAAAAAAAAGUACAGACAAAUUUGUUACAGCAAUCACUUUGUUUGAAAAAUACGGUUACUAUAAUCAAGCAGUUAACCUUGGAAAUUAUGUACUAAAACUAUGUACCCAUAAUGGAGAUAAUAUCACGACAUCAAUGUUACAUUCUAGCAUUUUUCUCAAUAAUUUAAAAUUGAAAGAAUACGCAAGCGCUUACAAUAACAUUUUAUGUUUAAAGGAUCGAGAACGAAAAUUGAAUUGUUUGCAUACAUUUGUUCUAACGUUAUUAGAAAAUGAUGAAAAAAAACAACUGUUAAGUUAUAAUUUUUUUGGCUUACAAAGCUCAGUAGAAGAAAUACUACUAAAAAAAGCACGAUCUUUGUCAAAUGUUGAUGCCUGUCCUUUUUACAUGUUUUUAUGUUCAAUUCAUGAUAAAUAUGCCAAGUACAAAAAACUAUCCAUGACAUUUUAUGAAUUAUAUUUACGGUCUGACUCAUGUGUUGAACAAGAACAAUAUUUGAGACUAUCACUUUUAUACUUAGAAUGUUUAAAUCCUAAUGAUGCUUGGUUUGUAACAGUUUCAUUACCUUUUAUCCCAGAGACUGAUAUUGAUAAUUAUCAUAAUGGUUUAAUGGAAAUUGAGCAUCUAAGAAAAUUAUGUUUUUUGACUCGAGCUCGUCUGGAAAUUGAUGAAUCUACAACUGAUAUGAACAUACAGAGCGUGAUAUCUUUAUUGUUGAUGAAACAUAAGUUUAAAGUAGCAAUGCGUUUAUCUAAAAUGUGGAAUUUAUCUUUUUAUCAGCCAUUAAGAGAGUUAGUGAAAACAUGUUUGUCCCUCACGGAUUCUGAACAAUGUGAUAAAGCAUGGGUUUGGUUAGCUGACAAUGGAGUCAAUAGCGAUGGCAAUGAUUGCAAGAAAAUAGCUUGGCGUUUUUUGGAGACAUUGGUAAACAUGUACGAAGAAAAAGGAAGAACAUUGGUGCACUAUCAAGUAGCUGAUGAGUUACUAAGCCAUCAAACAUAUUUACCGAGUUGGAUUCUCAGAACAUUCAAAAAAAGAAAUGUUAGUGAAUUGCUAAGAUUAUACUUGAGUUAUGGGGAACUGAUGAAUUGCGCAUAUUUAAUAUUAGACAUUUUUGAUGAAGAAAUGUAUAGUGAUGAUACUGUAGGUACAUUUGGUAAGACAAUACCUGUUGAUGUAAUAGAAUGUGUGAUUGUAAAUUUAAAACAUAAUAAAUUACAGAUUGGUGAAGAGGUUCUUAAUAAAUAUAAAAUAUUUUGUGAUAAUUGGAAUGUUGGACAGUUGACAAUAAAACAGAAUAGAGUGUAUGUAAAGCAGAGAUGA